UGUGAGAGCAGCAGGAGGAAGUGGGGAGAGAGGAGUGGGGGCUGUGCCGGGGCCGGGGCCGAGCGGUCUCAGGUGACCCCUGGGCAGCCUCUGUGGCUGGAAAGGAGGAACCUGCUCCGAAGGUCGCUCCUACCUGAGCCGCCGACUCCAGCUGCGGGUCCCGCAGCCCUUCUCUGCCUGUGACUCCGGUGACCGCGUCUGCUCCCAGCCAUGAGGAUCCGGAUGGCCGUGAGGUGGACCUGGGCUGGCAAAAGCUGCCUGCUGCUGGCGCUUUUAACGGUGGCCUAUAUCCUGGUGGAAGUCUCGGUCUCCACUUUCCAUGCCUCCCCGGGAACCGGCCUGGCCAGGGAUUGGGGAUCAAGACAGAUCUCCGACCCUGGGGACAAGGCAGAGGAUUUGUCUCGACCGCUUUAUGAGAAGCCCCCUGCGGAUUCCCAUGCACUUGGGGAGUGGGGGAAAGCCAGCAAACUCCAGCUCAACGAGGGGGAACUGAAGCAGCAAGAAGAACUCAUUGAGAGAUAUGCCAUUAAUAUUUACCUCAGUGACAGGAUCUCCCUCCACCGCCACAUAGAGGAUAAAAGAAUGUAUGAGUGUAAAUCCCAGAAGUUCAACUAUAGGAAACUUCCCACCACCUCUGUUGUUAUUGCUUUUUAUAAUGAAGCCUGGUCGACUCUGCUCCGCACCAUCCACAGUGUUCUAGAAACUUCUCCUGCAGUCCUUUUGAAGGAGAUCAUCUUAGUCGAUGACUUGAGUGACAGAGUUUAUUUGAAGACACAACUUGAAACUUAUAUCAGCAAUCUUGAUAGAGUCCGCUUGAUUAGAACAAAUAAGCGAGAGGGGCUGGUCAGGGCCCGUCUGAUUGGGGCCACUUUUGCCACUGGGGAUGUCCUCACUUUCUUGGAUUGUCACUGUGAGUGUAAUUCUGGUUGGUUGGAACCACUUUUGGAAAGGAUCAGUAAAGAUGAAACGGCAGUUGUGUGUCCUGUCAUAGACACCAUUGAUUGGAAUACUUUUGAAUUCUAUAUGCAGACUGGGGAGCCCAUGAUUGGUGGUUUUGACUGGCGUUUAACGUUCCAGUGGCAUUCUGUCCCCAAACAUGAAAGGGACAGGCGGAAAUCGAGAAUUGACCCAAUCAGUUCACCCACCAUGGCUGGAGGACUGUUUGCUGUCAGCAAGAAGUAUUUUGAGUACCUUGGAACAUAUGACACUGGAAUGGAAGUGUGGGGAGGUGAAAACCUCGAGCUGUCUUUUAGGGUGUGGCAGUGUGGAGGUAAAUUGGAGAUCCACCCCUGUUCCCACGUGGGCCAUGUAUUCCCGAAACGGGCACCGUAUGCUCGGCCCAAUUUCCUCCAGAAUACUGCCCGGGCAGCAGAAGUGUGGAUGGACGAGUACAAAGAGCAUUUCUACAAUCGGAACCCUCCAGCACGGAAAGAAGCUUAUGGUGAUAUUUCUGAAAGAAAAUUACUACGAAAACGACUGAAGUGCAAGAGCUUUGACUGGUAUUUGAAAAAUGUGUUUUCUAAUUUGCACGUUCCGGAGGAUAGGCCAGGCUGGCACGGAGCUAUUCGCAGUAUGGGGAUCCCUUCUGAAUGUUUAGAUUAUAAUGCUCCUGACAACAACCCUACAGGUGCUAACCUUUCACUGUUUGGAUGCCAUGGUCAAGGCGGCAAUCAAUUCUUUGAAUAUACUUCAAAGAAAGAAAUAAGGUUUAAUUCUGUGAUGGAGUUAUGUGCAGAGGUUCCUGAGCAAAAAAACCAUGUGGGAAUGCAAAAUUGUCCAAAAGAUGGGUUCUCUAUUCCAGCAAACAUUAUUUGGCAUUUUAAAGAAGAUGGAACCAUUUUUCAUCCACACUCAGGACAGUGCCUUAGCGCUUAUUGGACACCUGAGGGCCGACCGAAUGUUGAAAUGAGAACUUGUCGUGCUCUAGCUAAAAAUCAAAUCUGGAAGUUUGAGAAAUAGAAGAGUACAACAGCACUUUCAGCCUGAGCUGACAAUAGCUUCGGGAAAGUCAAAGAGCCUUCAGGGAGCCUCAGGGAAGAUCGUGUUUUAUCAGAAAUCACCCAAAGGUCAUCUGCGAGGGCUCUGUAAAAGCUGUGGUUCGUUUGGGUAUAGAAUAGUGAAACUGGGUGCACAGAGAGAGCUCCUGUUUAAUAUUUCAAAGUGCCUUACUGGUGGGAUGUUUUAUUUAAGAGCUUUGUCCAUAUGGUUUCUUACUUCUCCUUAAAGAAGUUGACUGUGAGUUGAGAUACACAAAACAUUUACGUACCAGACUUAAAAUAUUAAAGAAUGUAAAAGUCUAAGCAAAAUGAGGGAUGAUUUAUGUUGAUGGGUAAAUUCCCUGCACAUCUCAUUUUUUUUUUGCACAUCCCAUUUUUCAAUAAAACUCCUAAAUGUGCAGUUUGAGCUGUUUGGCUUCUAUUUGCUAUUUUGGUUGUACAUAGAAGUUGAAUUUCUUUUAGCCAGCUCAUUAAAUUUUAGGUUUUGUUUAUUUUUAUUCUAGUUUUCCUUUAAUCCAAUAGAAAUCGAAGAAAGUUCAUGUUAAAGAGAAAGGCCUGGUUUAGAUAUAUGUGUCUUUGGAAGAGGGCAUUAGUUUGGAUGUGAGUUUAGAGGUCUUUUUAACAUCUCAGAAAAAUAUACCGGACUCUGAAUGAAAUGGGGAGAUAUUUACAUUCCACAUUUUGUAAACUUGAGCGAUUGGAUUAACUGAUCUAUACUGAUACCUCACAUCACUCUGAUUUUGUAAGCUGUCCUCUCUGUGAACUCGUUUGUGUGUGUAGGGCAUUUUCUGAUUGCACUUAAGCUAUGAAUGUACUGGAGAGGGACUCAUUCACAAUACUGUGCUUCCCUUUGUUAAUGCUUAAUCACUUAACGUAAACACAAUUGAGGCCUCUCUGAAGUUCAACCCCACCGUGUUUACUGAAAUGUGUGAAACUGAAAGUGGGCCCAGUUCUACAAAGGCUGUGGAACUCUUCUAGGAGUUCUUGCUGAAUAGGACAUUUAAGGGUUUAUCUUAAGAAGACGAGGAAUAAAGACUGCCUUGGCAAUGGCGAGUGCCACCUUCCAGCGAGUUUUCAGCCCUAAGCCUGGCACUCACACAGCCUUCAGUAAGUGGGUGAGUGGAUGACUGAGUGAAUGAGUGGCUCAGCUGCAGAAUGUGACUUUGGUCAAAUCAUUUGACCAAAUGACUCAGUUUUCUUAUUUGUAAAACGUGAGUGCUGAACUAGAUCUUGAAGCUCCCUUCAAGCUCUGAAAUGUUGUAAGUGUACGUUACACCUUUCUCAGAUUCAGUCACUGUGCGAUCUUUACAACACUUUUUCUCUCUCCACCUUUAACAUAGGUUGUGUUGUUGAGCAGCGUUCAGUCCAGUUCUGAAGCUGGAAAAGGGAAAUGCUUUUAAAAAUUAAGUGAGCUGAGCUCAACUGACAUGGUUUAUUUUGGAUUGAGUGGAAAAUCCUUGUGGUCAGUGUUGUAUUCAUUUCAUUUUGACAAUUGUUGAACCAAUUUUUGUUUCUAUCUUUAAUGUUUCAAACUCUAAAAGUAAUCUUUUGGGCUAAGAAUAUAACUAUUUCCCAAACUAAAUUAUUUGAGAGGUAAACAGACUUUAAAAAAAGUAUUUUUAUUCAUUUUAUUCUAAUGUAAGAUGCAGAAAUCACAGGCUGACUUUAGAAUUAAAUCUCAUUUAGUCCACUUUGGUCUAGAUUUAUGAAAAAUGCAUGCUCCAUAAAGAAUUAGUCCACAGUAUUCAUAAGUGAAGUUCUUUUCAGUGUCUACUUGGUGACUUGGAGAGUAGCACCUUUGCAAAAUCUGAAUUUAAGAAAUUUUUUUAGGGUAACCGUUUCAAAAAGUAAAAUUGCUGUGUAUCUUGAAUGCUUUGUUUCUCUUUUGCUUCUUAAAAUGAAAAUGUGUUGUUAACUUUCUGUAAGUUAUCCAGCACCCUUAAAGUCUAUCAAAGAAUUGUCCAGCUUCCAUGGGCAAUGUGCAUGGCCCUGGGUGUAAUUUAAGAAGGAUUUAUACUAAUGCUCUGAAUUUUGCAAAAGGGUUGAUUGGCAGCAGAUAUUCUCCUAAACCCACCCUGUCCCCUUGCUCAGUCUGCCUUUUUUUUUUAAAUCACCCUUUCUCUUUUUAUUUAUUUUUGUUGUUCUUCUUAGCCCCCUAUCAUAUGGGAGAACUAAAAUGGACAUAUUCUGUAAGUACUUAUUGGAACUAUUCUUAUUCUAGUAUCUUACUGCUCCAUCAAAAGAGAAAGGGAACAUUGAAAAGUAAAGUACUUAAUUCUUUAUUUACCUUUUGCCUAAAUUGCAGGGUGUCACCCAUUAAUCUUUUUGGAAGAAAUUUUAGGCAGUGCUGUAUUUAUAUCAGUAGUUUGGAAUGGGUCGGCUUUCAUUCCUCACAAUAGUGUAGGUGACAGAAGCAUGAGGCUUUCACAUCUUCACAAAUAGGCAUUUCCAAUUUAAUUCCAAAAACACAGUGUGAAACUGCAAACAAAAUAUAUUUUGAUUCCCUCCUUCUAAUUUAUUGGUACCAAAGCUGUCUUUUGCUGUUGACAAUUAAGAUUUGACCUUUUAAGUUAAUUUACAUGCUUAAUAACAGUUUUAGUAAAAUAUUUGGUAGACAAAUUUCAACUUUAAAUAGUCACUGUGUCAUUUAGUGCCCAAUUCUAUGAAUAGAUUGACUAUCUAAAUAGGCAUUUUUAGCAU